CUUCACAGCGGAGACACUCAAACAGAUAUCUGAGAGGACAGAAAACAACUAACCAGUCACAUCGAAGGCCAUUGAAAUCAGUUGCCAGAGUUGAGGCCAUGGGGUUCCUGAGGGCUUCCCUGUUCCUGGUGUUGAUGUGUGCCACAGUGGUGGUACACGGUCAACCGGCCAACAUUGAGUCUCGUUAUCAACAAUUCCUCCGACAGCACGUCAAGGGGGAUAUGACAAUGCAAAAGUGUCAGGGUGUGAUGGGCUACUUGGAGUUGACCGAGUCUGAUGGCAAAACCUGCAAAGUGAAAAACACCUUCAUUAAAGCCAAUUCAAAUCAGGUCAGGGCCAUUUGUACUGGUGGUGGCACACCUAGGGGCAGGGAUCAGGUUCAAAGCACCAACAGCUUCCCUGUAAUCAUAUGUAGACACAUAGGUGGGGAUCGUUAUCCCCACUGUAGAUACAGGGGUUCUCCACCGUCCACCAGGAAAGUUGUCAUUGCUUGUGAACAGGAAUGGCCAGUGCACUAUGGGGGCGAUAUUAUUGUUGUCUAAUUAAGAUGAUUGAUAUGAAGUGGCUCUUUAAAAUAAAUAAUUAAUUUGCCACCUGAA